AUGUUCAUUCAAGCCGUAGAAUUUGUUCGCAAUUACAAAAAAAAUGGGCAUUCAAUAAAUAUUUAUGGGCAGGAAAAGGCUACUAGUGUUUGGCGAGUAGGGAAAACUAACACACUUUUGCGAGGUUUGGAAUGCGAUUUAGGAGAUAAACCCGAGGACACUUUUAAGGAGGAUUUACAUAAAAAGUUAGAUGGACAGCUAAAUAAAAAUGGCGUGGCAGCAGUUAUUCUAGCAAAUAAUUCGGUUAGUGCAGCUAAAAAAGAAGAAGAGAUUCGAAAGAAUAUUUUAGAAGACAAUUUAGUAGAUGCAGGAAGAGAAAGAAAAGACAUAUUUUUUGCUGAUUGUAGUGAUUUUGUGGGAGAAAUCCAAGGACGCAAAGUGCGAAUAUUAAAAACAGAAGAAAUUAACUCAAUUACCAAGGAAUAUCGCAAAUGGUUUGGUAAUAAAAACUAUCUGCCAACUGACUUCACAGCAAAAGCUGCUUUAGAAGAAAUAAAGAAAAGAGACUACCUUUUACUGCCAGGAAUUUAUACUUACCAAGAAGAAAAGCCUCGAGAUCCGCAAGAGAUUAAAAAGGAAAUUCAAAAACUAAGUUCGGAAAUUUUAGAAACUUUUCACAAGUUAGAAUUGGAAAGGAAAGAAAUUGAAGAAUUGUUAACUAAGCUGAAGCAGGAUGGAGAAAUAGAUUAA